GGCAGUACAGAGGUACGCUAGGUAAGGUUAUUUCUUAGUUGGAGGGUGCAAGCUAGCGUUGCACACGUGUUAGAUGCACUGUGCCAGAUAAUGCCCCCAAAUCCUCCGGUUGAUCGUCGUGGGUGCUUGCUGCAGCAUCCAGGCUAAUCGCCACCAACAUGCAUUUGCGGACACGCCGACACGGUCUCCCCCGGUCCGCCAUUUGCGCAAAAACAUUGUCAAAUACAAAGGCUGUGAGUUUCACCCGUUCUGCAAUAUCCGACGGUCCCCGACACGCUUUGAGCACUCCGAACGCACACCCCAGAUGAGACAACCGCGGUUGCCCUGUCGGUCAUUUCCAUCAUGGGGAUUCAUGGCUCAAGCCUGUCGCGGCCGUCCGCGCUUAGCGUAUGCGGGGAAUCAGACGAUCUGUCGGCACGCAGGCCUACCAAGGCAAUUGGGCGCCUAUGCACCGCUUUGCCGCCGCCUUGCACCAACAGACGCGCGCAUCAAGGGCUUGGGCAGAGAGAUAGCUCAUGACUACGCCCUGUUGAGAGACAGUUACGAGGCCCCCCAGCACCCCAUCGUCCUUGUCCAUGGCCUCCUUGGUUUUGCCGAGCUGAAGCUGGCCGGUUCCUACCUGCCCAGCAUUCAAUACUGGCGUGGCAUCAAAGAAGCGCUUAGUGCCAACAAUGCAGAAGUCAUCACCGCCUCGGUGCCCCCUACCGGUUCCAUCGAGCAGCGGGCGGCCAAGCUGGCCAAGGACAUCGAAGCCCAAGCCCGUGGCAAGAGUGUCAACAUUGUGGCUCACAGUAUGGGCGGCCUGGACGCCCGGUACAUGAUCUCGCAUCUCCGGCCCGCCAGUGUCAACGUCAAGUCCCUCAUCACCGUGGCCACUCCGCAUCACGGCAGUCCCUUUGCCGACUAUCUCAUCGAGAGCAUCGGGCCGGGCUACUUGCCUCGCCUGUAUGACCUGUGGCAGCGGACGACGGGCUGGGAACCGAGCGCCUUUUCCCAGCUGACGACGAGGUACAUGGUUGAGGAGUUCAAUCCUAAGACCCCCGACAACACAACGAUACGCUACUUCUCCUACGGCGCCAUGGUCAAGCACAAGCCGCCCCUGCUGAGCCCGUUUCGCCACUCUCACCAAGUGAUCGAGGAGCGCGAAGGACCGAAUGACGGCCUUGUCAGUGUCGAGAGCAGCAAAUGGGGCACCUACAAGGGCACCCUGCUGGGUGUCAACCACCUUGACUUGAUUAAUUGGAGCAACCGGCUCCGGUUUACGGUGCAAAAAUGGAUGGGUCAUCCGCCAUCGUAAGUCAAACUUCGCCCCUCGCUGGCUUGGCCGUACCAUCUUGACAACCUCCCUUCUGUCGUAGCUUCAAUGCAGUAGCCUUCUAUCUCGACAUAGGCGACAUGCUUGCCAAGGAAGGGCUCUAAGUCAG